AGGAUGCUGAGGAUGAAGGAGAGCGCUGCUGGUGCAGAGCACACGGGGUGACCGUUAGGGUAGAGGUAUAGCAGAGCUGUGGGAGUACAUGGCAUACGGCAGUGCACUCUGUAGAGUUUAGUCAUAGCUGCAUGGCACAGAGGGGAUAGCAGUGCAGAGUGUCUGUUAAACAGCACAGGAUGUCUCGUCCCUCUCGGCCCCCCUCAGGGGACAUCCCCAGGAACCUGAGCUAUAUUGCAGGUCUGUAUGAGAGAGCCUAUUACCGCACAGCUAGGCCCAGCAUAGAGGAGCAUGAUGAGGCAGAAGAGGGGGCGUCCUCCCCUGGCCUCUCCUGUACAGUGAAGGCGGCUCCUCGGAGGUGGAGGUCACGCUCCGCACCUGCCCUGCGUGUGUCCCGGGCGGAGCGACACCGAAGCCCGGAGACCAGAAAGAGAGUGCGCUUCGCUGAUGCACUGGGAUUGGAGCUGGAGUCUGUCCGCCACUUCAGACGUGAAGACGUGCCCUCCAUCCCCCAGCAUGUCACCUAUCGACUGCAGAAAGAGCUGCUGGAGCAGCUGGGGGGCUCCUGCAUUGCCAGCGAGCACGUGAGCUGGUGCGAGGCUCGCCAUUCUUUAUCCCCAUCAUGGAUAGUAGAGCGUGGAACAUUGGAGAAACAGACCUGGGAGCGGAGUGCUUGGGAUCAGGAGACAUGGGAUCAGCGUGUAUGCCUACAAAGUUUGCGCUGUGAGAGCUGCUUUUUGUGGGGUUCUGUUAGGGUUCUAGAUUUGGCUUAUGAAAAGAGAGUCACCGUGCGAUAUUCUCUCAACAAAUGGCUUUCUCAUCAGGAUACACAUGCUCUGUAUGCUGCUCGUCUGUGUCACGGUGGACCUGGGCACCCUGGCACAGAUCUUUUCACCUUUCGUCUUCCUCUUCCACAACUAGACCAACCACAGGCUUCAUCUUUAGAGUUUGCCAUCUGCUAUCAAGUAGGGGAUGAAGAAUUCUGGGACAACAACAAAGGGAGAAAUUACAGUGUUGUUCGACCUGAAACUGGGUCCUCUCGAACUCAGCAAUCUGAAAAUGGAUGGGUUCAUUUCAUAUAAGAGAGAGGAGAGUAUGUCUGCCCUCAACAUUAGUGAGAUAUUGCCCUUUGUCUUAAAGUAACACCAAAGACAACAUGACAACUGCUAGGAAAAGAAAAAAAAAAUGCUACUGAGUAAGGAUUAGAGACUAGACCAGAGUAUUGCUUGACCAAUAUUAUUAAAGGGGUACUCUGGUGGAAAAAAUAUUUUUUCAAAUCAACUGGAUACAGAAAGUUGAACAGAUUUGUAAAUGACUUCUAUUUAAAAAUUUCAAC